GAAAUUAACAAUAUAUGUUCCAUAAUGUUUUACAUACAACUAACAAAUUUAAAACUGUAACAAUCCCAUACUAGUACACUUUGCAGCUUCAUAACAUUAUCAAAGCCCUCUUAAAAGCAAAUAUCCGAAAAACAUUGUACACUACAACCGCCCAAAUGAACAACGUGCUACGUUUACAACUGAACAGAUCAGAACAUUGACGUAUCAGGCUCAACGAUGAUUCUGAAUAAGCACAUUUUCUGAAUAAUUCCUCUGUUACUGUGAGGUGUAACAGUACAGGCUAAUAAGAUAGAAACCCUAAACAAGUAAGCCUCUGAAGUUUGAAAUCGUGAAGACAUAUAAUGGAUCGUUAUCGGUGUGGUGAUUGUCAGGCAGAAUUUUCUUCCUAUGAACAGUUCCUAAUUCAUAAGAUGCUGUGGGAACAAUACAAGUUAGUACUUAGAGAAGCAGAACGCAUUCCAGGGCUUCGACUUCCUGAGUUUGUAAAAGUACCUAAAACCACGAAUAAGGAAGAGACUUCAAAGACAGACAACUUAAUAGUGAGAAUGGUGACUGAAACAGAAAUAGAGUCUGCCAACCUUCACAAAGAGAUAGUGGAGAUAAUUGAAUCUGAUAAUUCAUCUGUUUCUAGUAAAACAGAGUCUCUGAGGAUUGAUGAAAGUGUUUCUGCCAAGGAAAAUGAUUCUUCCCCAGUGCCUGAUGGAGUACCAAAGUCUACAGUUCAACUGUAUUGUAAAAUUUGUGAUCGUUACUACAAAAAUAAAUUUGUACUAAUAGUACAUAACAAGACAGUUCACAGUGCUGCGCGACCAUACAAAUGCCCAACCUGCCGGCAAGGCUUCAAGACCAAAGGAUCUCUGGUUAGACAUGUGCGCACGCACACAGGUGAGAAACCUUUUCAUUGCCAGAAGUGUGGAAGAGGUUUCAUUGAAUCAUGGGGUCUCUCUCGCCAUUUGUACCUAGUGCACAAAAGACCACGUGGUGCUUUGAAACCAAAUGACUUCCAAGUCUUCGUUACAAGAAUGGCAACAGAAGCUACAGAGGAGUCAAAGUAGGAGUGAGGUAUCUCAACCAGAUUCAAUUUAAGCCAACUCUCUCAGACAACCUCCAGUUAUCAUCAUUACCAUUAAAUGUGUGCCAUAUGUGGAAUCGUUGCAACAAAUUUGUGACAUCUGUAGAGUGGUUUGGUUACAAAAAAAUGCCAUAUUCAUUUCAUUAAGGUAACCAUGUACACAAAUAAUCGAAUUUUUGAACAUUUUUUUUAUUUUCCUAUAAAAUUCUCUGUGUUUUUCUGAACAAUUGAUAUAUAAUACAUAUACAUUAGUCAAAUAAUAAGCUAGGAAAAAUAGAAAUACAUUGUUCAGUCAGUGACAAUUAUUCUACUUUUCGAGUAUGCACUAAGAGCCCAGUAGCAUGAUUUUAUAUAGUAAGCUGUAAGACAGGUGAACAGUUGUAUUCUGUAGCCUUUGGAUUUGUCUGUCUAUUCCAUCUGUCAGCAUUAUUUAGAACAGCUGAUUGUUCAAGUGACAAUACUUUUGUAAUAUUGUUUGUUUACAUAAACAGUGUUUGUAUUUAGUGAGCUAACUGCAGUGUUUAGUGUAUUUACAAUGCCUAGAAUAAGAAAGUUUGGAAGAAAUAAGUAUAAAGGGAACCAGUUUGAUUCACAAUCAAAAUCAACAACACCUAACAUAUCCAAUGUUAGUAGUUCUCCAGUUUCUAACCCUGUCUCAAAUGUAGGCUCUAGGCCUAGUUCUCCUGAUGAUGGUGAGGUAAGAUGUUUUUAUCUUUCUGCUUCUGAGAAUAAGCUUCGAUAUGUGAAACUGUGUGGCAAUAAAUGUGAUUACCUACCAGAUAAAAAUACCAAAGGGAAUUUCAUUAUUGACUUGGAGGUGUUGAACAAUAACCUAUCAUUAUUUGUAAAAUGCAGUGAAUGUGAUGGCACAAAUUGUGUUGAAAUCGUUGAGAAACCUAUACAUAGGAAAGGUCUAGCUGUUAUGUUGGUUUUGUUAUGCAGUAUCUGUGGAUCUGAAAAGCCUUUUUACAGUAGUAAGAUAACACCAAAAAAUGUAUUUGACAUCAAUGUGCGCUGUGUUUAUGCCCAUCGUUCUAUAGGAAAAGGUAAAGCAGCAGCGGAAACAUUGUGCGCUGUAAUGGACCUGCCACGACCACCUACCAGAUUUCAGAAAUAUAAUAAAAUAAUUAGUGAUUCAAUUGAAGAAGUAGCGGAAAAUAUAAUGAUUGAAGCUGCUCGUGAAGCAAUAGCAGAAAAUGACGAUGACCUAAAUAUAGCUGCAUGUUUCGAUGGGACAUGGCAGAAACGAGGGCAUAAAUCACUGAAUGGCGUGUUUACCGUUACAAGUAUGGACACUGGCAAGGUAUUAGAUGCUGUUUGUUUAUCUAAAUACUGUUGCUGUAGUAUCAAAAAGAGAUUGUCUGAUACACAUGAUGAACAAUGUACCAAGAAUUUUGAGGGUUCUAGUGGUGCCAUGGAGGUAGCUGGAGCAAAACAAGUUUUUGAAAGGUCCCAUACUCGAGGUUUACGCUAUGUAAAAUAUUUGGGUGAUGGUGAUAGUAGUGCUUUUCAGUCUGUUAUUGAGUCCAAACCGUAUGGUGACGAUGUAAUAAUAAGCAAAUUGGAAUGUGUUGGACACAUACAAAAAAGAAUGGGGAGUAGAUUGCGAAGGCUCAAGACAAAAAUGCGAGGUGAGAAGUUAUCGGACGGAAAACCUCUGGGUGGAAAAGGAAAAUUGACAGAUCAGGUGAUUGAUAGCUUACAAGUGUACUAUGGUAAGGCUAUUCGAGACAACACUGAUAGUGUAGAAAAUAUGAGAACAGCAGUUUGGGCCACUUACUUUCACAAGAUCUCCACUGACGACCUACCCCAACAUGAACUGUGUCCAAAGGGCGUACAGUCCUGGUGCAAAUACCAAAGGUCAAAAAUUACUGGUGAAAGGUACAACCACAAGCACAAUGUACCAGAAGCUGUGAUGAAUGUAAUAAAACCUAUAUUUCGAGACCUCACAUCAUCAGAGUUAUUGAAAAAAUGUGUUCAUGGCCGAACCCAAAACUGCAACGAAUCGUUAAAUAACGUGAUUUGGACCAGAAUACCAAAAAACAAUUUUGUAACCUUAUCUACACUAAAAGUAGGUGUAUGGGAUGCCAUAAUAACAUUCAAUACAGGAGCCCUAGGAAAAGUUCAAGUGUUACAGAAACUUUGCAAUGAAGCUGGUAGAAACUGUGUUAUAGGCCUACAACAUAUCGACCAAAUAAGGAUUUUGGAGGCUAAAUAUGCCAAUAAAAUUAACAGUAAGACCAAGAGGAAAGCCAAAAGAAACCUAAAAAGGAACAAAGAAGACAAAGAAGAUGAAUCAACUGUGCAAUAUGGUGCAGGAAACUUUUAGUUUAUAAGGAACCACAUAAAGACAGUUUUUUGCCUCUAGCGAAAAAUCAACUUUUUUAUAGGUAGGUACCAUUUUUUCCUAAACUAAUAGUUUGAUUUACCUGAUUUUUUUACAGAGUUACUGGAUACAAUUUCAAACAAUGUUAACCUAGUUUUAUAACCAAAUUAGUCCACAGUUAUUAAUAAAAAAUAUAUAAAUUUAUAAAAGUGAAAUUUUUUUUAAAGUUUUUAAAACAAAUUCUUUUACAAAAAAUUAUUAUUAUUUUGAAUUAGUAAUAGGUUAACAUUGUAGAUACAUAUAUAAAUUAUGACAGGAAAAAAUUUCAUUGCUCUACUAUUUAUAGUUUGUUUUUAAAUGGUACCCAAAGUUGUCCAAUUUAACAUUGGCGGGAUAGGGCGUACAUGGUUACCUUAAGUCUUGUCGAGUCAAGUGUAUCACAUUUUUUUAAACAUAUACAUCAUAAAAAAUCUCAUCAUCAUUUUUUGUCGGUAUUCAUUGUAACAUACAGUAUUAUGGUUAUCUCAUCGUUCCAUUAUCAGUACUAACCUAGAAUUCAUUGCAAUGGUCUUGCUGUCACGACAGGCAGGCAUUCGUUCCAGUUGAACCCUUUAAUUUUCGCUGUCGCAAUUCCAUAACCAUUCCAUUUACAGAGUAUCAUGACAAGACAGAUCCAGUUGCAACGACCCACCUCUGAUGACAUUACAUGUGAAACCUUCAAUUUAUUGUUAUUAUUUUCAUACUUAUCAAUCAUGUAUCUGGAUAUAAAUAUGUUUUAAUGUUCAGUUUAAUAUUCUACUAAUUUAAUUACAACUAGGUACUAACAGCUAGGUACUUUAUUUUUCUUAUGGUUUUUAUCUCUUUUCUUUAUUUGUGUUUGUUUACUCUCAAUAUAUAUUUUUCUUGAUUUAUUCUUCAAUAGACACCUAUAGUUAGAACUUAUUAUAGUUCGAAUCAUACACCAAUAUUCACACCUAUGCAAACACUUAUCACUCAUGUGUCUGGAUAUAAAUAUGUUUUAAUGUUCAGUUUAAUAUUCUACAAAUUUAAUUACAACUAGGUACUAACAGCUAGGUACUUUAUUUUUCUUAUGGUUUUUAUCUCUUUUCUUUAUUUGUGUUUGUUUACUCUCAAUAUAUAUUUUUCUUGAUUUAUUCUUCAAUAGACACCUAUAGUUAGAACUUAUUAUAGUUCGAAUCAUACACCAACAUUCACACCUAUGCAAACACUUAUCAAUCAUGUGUCUGGAUAUAAAUAUGUUUUAAUGUUCAGUUUAAUAUUCUACAAAUUUAAUUACAACUAGGUACUAACAGCUAGGUACUUUAUUUUUCUUAUGGUUUUUAUCUCUUUUCUUUAUUUGUGUUUGUUUACUCUCAAUAUAUAUUUUUCUUGAUUUAUUCUUCAAUAGACACCUAUAGUUAGAACUUAUUAUAGUUCGAAUCAUACACCAACAUUCACACCUAUGCAAACACUUAUCAAUCAUGUGUCUGGAUAUAAAUAUGUUUUAAUGUUCAGUUUAAUAUUCUACAAAUUUAAUUACAACUAGGUACUAACAGCUAGGUACUUUAUUUUUCUUAUGGUUUUUAUCUCUUUUCUUUAUUUGUGUUUGUUUACUCUCAAUAUAUAUUUUUCUUGAUUUAUUCUUCAAUAGACACCUAUACUUAGAACUUAAUAUAGUUUGAAUCAUACACCAACAUUCACACCUAUGCAAACAGAUAAAAGUUCUUUUUAUUAAGUUUUCAAUUUUUUAAAUGAAUAAUAUAAUGUUAAAUUUACCAAUGUGUAAAAUACAAAUUUAUGAAGUAUAAUUUGAUGUUUUGAGUUAGUGAUAAGGUUAUAUGACGUUAAGAAUAAUUUUUAUGAAUAUUAAUAAAAAAUCAUAACAAAAUA